GGGGGCAGAGAUGCGAGUGGGUUGAGGGGCAGCCCCGAGAAGGAGACGCUACCUGGGGUGGCCGGAGGGUGCUCUCAGGGCGCCUUAGCUCGGUCGGAGGCCUCUGGAGGGACCGCACGACGGCUCCGAGAGUGACCUGGCCAGAGGGACCGAAGACAAAGAGGCCGGAAUCCCGCACCCGCCGCUCCUAGAGUCGAGUCCCGCUCCCGCGAACCCCGCAGCACCCGGAGCCCCUGGCCAGCAACUGAACUCGUCCUCAGGAGACCCAAUACUACUGACCCCUCGGACUCCCUCUCUCCACCAACUCUGUGACUCCCCACGCCCACCGGCCCUCGCUUCAGGAACCCAAACCAAUCCUCCUAGUGUGCGAGGUUUCCCUUCAGUAGUUCCCGAGUAGUUGCUGAGCGGUUACUUAGGCUGUGAGGGAAAACAAAGACCCAGUAUUCAGUACUUGAUUUUUGUCCCAGGAGGAAACUCUUCUUACAGUUGAGAGACUCAUCUGCAGGUGAUUCUCCAAGGACAUGGGAAAAUAGGUGUAAGCCCUCCAACCCUUAAGUGGAGGGAAGCCGCUUUCUGCUGUGAAUGAUGGCCAAACCCAUUCUGAGAGGGAAUGGCACUAACUCUGAGACGUUCCGACAGCGCUUCAGGAGAUUUCACUACCAGGAGGUAGCUGGGCCCCGGGAGGCUUUCAGCCAACUCUGGGAACUUUGCUGUCGUUGGCUAAGGCCGGAGGUGCGCACCAAGGAGCAGAUUGUAGAAUUGUUGGUGCUAGAGCAGUUCCUGACCAUCUUACCUGGGGAGAUCCAGAAUUGGGUACAGGAGCAAUGUCCAGAAAGUGGAGAGGAGGCAGUGGCUCUGGUGGAAGAUUUAGAAAGAGAGCCUGGAAGACCUGGACAUUCGGUCACAGUCUCUGUGAAGGGGCAGGAAGUGCGCUUGGAGAAGAUGACACCCCUGAAAUCAUCACGAGAGUUAUUAAGUGUUCGGCAGGAGUCAGUGGAACCCCAGCCCAGGGGUGUAACCAAGAAAGAGAGGGCAAGGAGCCCAGACCUGGGACCACAGGAGCAGAUGAACCCAAAGGAGAAGCUCAGACCUUUUCAAAGGAGCGGAUUUCCAUUUCCUAAAUCCGGUGUGGUCUCCAGGUUGGAGCAAGGAGAGCUCCCUGAUCUGGGCUCCAAGGAGAAGGAACUCUCAAGAAGCAGUCACACAGGAGAAAGACAAAUGCAUGCUGAUCUGUUAUCACCCAAGAGAGAGAGAAGAAGCUGGGUGGACCAGGAUCACUGGGGCUUUGAGGAUGAGAAGGUAGCAGGUGUGCACUGGGGCUAUGAAGAGACCAGAACCCUCCUUGCAAUUCUCAGUCAGACUGAGUUUUACGAGGCUCUCCGAAACUGUCAUCGAAACAGCCAAGUGUAUGGGGCUGUGGCUGAGCGGCUCCGGGAGUAUGGCUUCCUUCGGACAUUGGAACAGUGUCGGACCAAGUUCAAAGGUCUCCAGAAGAGCUAUAGGAAAGUCAAGAGUGGUCACCCACCUGAAACCUGCCCCUUCUUUGAAGAGAUGGAGGCCCUGAUGAGUGCCCAAGUCAUUGCAUUGCCCAGUAAUGGCUUGGAAGAGGCAGCCUCUCACUCUGGCCUGGUGGGCAGUGAUGUUGAGACAGAGGAGCCAGGGCAAGAGGGCUGGCAGCAUGAGGAAGCAGAAGAGGCUGUGGCUGAAGAGUCGGACAGUGAUGAAAUGGGCCAGGAGGCCACCCCCCAAGACCCCGACAACUCAACUGCACCUGUUCUUUUUCGAAGCCCCAGUGGUGUACACUGGGGCUAUGAAGAGACAAAGACUUACCUUGCAAUUCUUAGUGAGACUCAGUUCUACGAAGCCCUCCGGAACUGUCACCGCAACAGCCAGCUGUAUGGAGCAGUGGCUGAGCGGUUAUGGGAAUAUGGAUUCUUAAGGACACCAGAGCAGUGUCGGACCAAGUUUAAAAGCCUACAGACCAGCUAUCGGAAAGUCAAGAAUGGCCAAGCACCAGAGACCUGUCCCUUCUUUGAAGAGAUGGAUGCUUUGGUGAGUGCCAGGGUUGUUGCCCCACCCAGUGACAGCCAGGAAGAAGAGACAGUCUCUUGCCCCAUCCAGACCACCAGUGAGACCAAAGCUGAGAAGCAAGCUGAGGCUGCAGAAGAGACCAUAGAAGAAGAUUCUGAGGAUGAUGAAGAGGAUACUGAGGUACCCCUGGGGGUUGUCAUGACCCGUGCUCCAGUCUUAUUCCAGAGCCCCAGUGGUUUUGAGGCUGGAUUUGAUAAUGAAGAGAAUCUAAAACGAGAUAUUUCUGAGGAAGUACAACUACAUAGAACAUUACUUGCAAGGUCUGAAAGGAAGCUGUCCCGGCAUCUUACUCAGGGUAAAGGUGGUGAGAGUGAAUGUAGAUCAGGACAACAGUGGGAAAUGACCCCAGGGGAGAGAAGAAGAAAACCAACACUCCCAGAGAGGAGUUUAGGUAAAGUUCUAAAUCAUCAGAGACCUUACUUGGGAGAGAGACCCUGUAAAUAUCUCAGAUACAGCAAAAACUUUGUUCCAAACUCCCACCUCAUGCAUCAGAUAUCUCAUCAAGUGGAAAAUCCAUAUAAAUGUGCUGAUUGUGGAAAAAGCUUCAGUCGGAGCGCACGCCUCAUCAGACACCGCAGAAUCCACACUGGAGAGAAACCUUACAAGUGUCUUGACUGUGGGAAAAGUUUCCGUGACAGUUCAAAUUUCAUCACCCACAGGAGAAUCCACACAGGAGAAAAACCGUAUCAAUGUGGUGAGUGUGGAAAACGCUUCAAUCAGAGCUCGAGCCUUAUAAUUCACCAGAGAACCCACACAGGAGAAAAGCCCUAUCAAUGUGAAGAGUGUGGAAAAAGCUUCAACAAUAGUUCUCAUUUCAGUGCACAUCGGAGGAUACACACAGGAGAGAGACCCCAUGUGUGUCCUGACUGUGGAAAGAGUUUCAGUAAGAGUUCUGACUUACGUGCACACCAUAGGACCCACACAGGAGAGAAACCCUAUGGGUGUCAUGACUGUGGCAAAUGCUUCAGUAAAAGCUCCGCCCUUAAUAAGCACCGAGAGAUCCAUAUGCGAGAAAAACUUCUGUCACAGUCAGCACCUAAGUAAGCCCCUGAGAAUUUAAAGAAAAGAUACAUGCAUUGAAAUUAUUAGGAAAAGUCUUCCAAUAGUAGAUCCAUCUCCUAUUCUCUGCCCAACUAGCUUAGGAAACACUCUAAGAUUUGCCCCACUUUGUCCUUGUUUUUCCUGGGUCUAUGAAUUCCUAAGGUAGUUAUCUUAAGAAUGAAAGGAAGAUUUCAGUCUCUCUCCUUGCCUUCACUGGAAAUGAGAAAUAACACCUUUACCUCUCAGUGCCUAUGUUGUUUCCUUAAUAGAGAGGAUGUAGUAGUAGAUCCCAUGUAUUUAUUUAUCCUGAUACUUGGCUGCAUUUCAACUGGAAAAACUUACCACAGCAGCAUUUCAGAGAGAGGUUGUGAGACUUAUUCUGAGUGGGUCUAACUCUUUAUAAAAUAAUGGAAAUGGGAAAAAGUGGCUUUUCUUGUUCAUAUAAGUCUGUGCUCAGAAUGACAUUUGUCAUGCCCACUGUUCAUUUACCUUAAAGGAGAAUUUAAUACCCAUCUUGGUUCUGACUUAUGAAUCAUCUUGUUAAAAGCCUAGGUGUUCUAUAUGGGGAAAGAGUAUAAACCUUAUAUAAAUAUUGAGGUACGAACCCUGGAUUUCUUAAUUUCUUCAAAGCCCUAGAAGAUCUGGAAUAGAAUAAUAUAUUUAGAGCAUUCUAGAUAGAUUUUUUUUUUCUUCUAUUCCAUCUGAUACGAAUUUCAUCUGUCCCUGCUGGUCCAGAAGUGCAAAGAGCAAGCCUGCUGGAUAUGUUGGUAUGAGAGAAGGCAUUUAAAGCUGCCAGUAGGGGGCUGUCUGCAUUUCACACACUCCAAACACCUAGUAUAGUGUUAUACAGCACCCCAUGGUCACUGAAUACCUGUAUUGAGCAGAAACAACCGCCACAUACCCAUGAAUUAGGAAACAGACACCUUUGUGCCAACAACUCUUUACCCUAACAGGGAGGACAGAUUAUCUUUGGUCACUGGAGUUGCCAAUACUUGCGCACAUGCACAUAUUCAACUGUCUAGAUCUAAUUUUUUCAAAAGAUUUUAUUCAUCUAUUUGUCAGAGAGUGAGAG